CAGUGUUCACUUUGGUGGCCGCCGGUUCGCAGCACAUCUUGCAUGACGAGCAGAUGGACAUCAUCAGGUGGGUGUUGGUGCCGCUCAAGGAGUACUCCAAUGAGCACCAGAUCAAGUUCGUGCACUUUGUCCUCAAGAAUGGCAGCAAGAAUGGCAAAGGAGCCGGCGAGGGUGAUCUGGGGCCGCCGCCCUACGAAAUACUCGACGUCAACGAAGUCAUCCAAGGACUACUCAACGAUACAGACUCUGAACUGUCAUCACUUUCACACCUAGAUGCGCCGAACGACAGCGUUUACAUGAUGAGCGGCGUGUUGAUCGCCAUGCUUUUAGUCGCCGUCAUCAUCGUCCUCCUCGCUGUCACCAUCAGCAAGCUGAGGAAACGAGGCGACGUCGAGCCUGCCGAGUCGCACCACCGGCCAUCCGCCCCAUCCCCUGUGCAACAACACCAACAGCAGCAGCAUUCACCCCUUCCAUGCACCACCCCGACCCUGGUCACGCUGGCCGAGCCUCCCAUGAGCAAUUUGUACGAACCCACCACCGCCUGGAAUUACCCAGCGGCCCACUUCCUCUACUCCACUACUGAUCAGGAGACGACAAUUACUCCCUUGGCCACCGAACAGCCUGGCUUCUGCAAAGGCGUGAGGAAAAACCUUGGCGGCAAGUGGAAAAGGCUGGUGCGGAGAAAAUCUGCCCAGGAUUGCCCUGUGAGCCGCGACCACCUCAAGCAGAUCUACGUCUACUGAGGAACUUGUUCCGAAUCAAAGUUCAAACACUCACGAGAGACUAAUUACCAGUGACGGCGAAAUAUUGCCGCUCUGGGAGCGCCACCCAGGGCCACUAGGAAGAGGCUGUAGAUGUAUAGAUUUGAGUGUGAUUAAUGGUCUCUGCGGGUAUUCUGCUGUUGUUCCUAAAUUGUGUGAAAAAGAUGCUAUAAUUAUAUGAUCGAUUACAAGGUGUUGUUGACCAUUUCAUUUGGCUCAUAUUGAGCUAUGUAGGCUUAAAAAUAAAACGAGAAAGUACUGCUCUUCAA